CGGGACGUUCAUUCGCGUAGUCGUGAUGGAUGAGGCUCCCGUUUGUCUGGCAGUCACAGUGUGAAUAGAAAAAAAAGCAGUGGAUAGAACAUUCUACCAUCGCUUUUGUAGGAUUCUCUUCGUCAGUAGAUAAGUAUACACAGCACAGCGAAGGAUAUAUGCGUCUAUGCGACGUAAUCCACCAAACGCUCCCAUCGCAUCACCACCACCACCUCCCAUGUGGAUGGUGCUACUAGCAGGGGAGACGUAAAUACUUUAUUAAGCGUUUCCCAGCAUGACAAAGAGCAAAGCUUCGUCUAUUCACACCGUGUGCCGGUGGUGGGUGUUGCGUCACAUCGUGUGGAAAUUUGUCUAAACAAACAGAAACUAAACUGGAAAAAGCCGGUGGCAGUCUAAGCGAAGUCAAGCGAGAAUAUUAUACAUAUUCACCUGAUGCCUACGAUUGUGCUUUGCUGUGAGGUAUUUCGCUGUCGAUUUGUUUGCCUAUCGUAGAGAGCGAAUGUAAAUUUAUCGAGUAGGCUUCCGGCGACGGGUAAGAGUAGGCAGGGCCGUGAUUUCUUCGAACGAUAAACAAUGUCUGUUUUGUGCUCAGUGUGUGCGGUUAGAAACAAAACACAAUCGGAAAUGGAUCCUAGCUAAACCUGAACCUCGAAUAUACAAUACAGGUCUGUAACAGGUUCGCGUGUGAAUGAGUGCAAUGGUUUCGACGAAAAAAAAAUGAAUCGAUCCCCGAAACGUAAGCAAAACCGUAAUCAAUAAUACAUUUCAUCGAGCCACCCUCGAAGACACGAAGGAUUACUAGAUCAGAAGCCAUUGUGCGCCCGUGGAAGGCAAGAAUCAACACAGCGAUUUCAGUGUAAAAUUCAACGGAGGUUGAGGGUGGUCGUCUGUUUGGAAAAUAUUUGAACAUGGCCCUACCGACAACUGGAGCAAUGUGGGACGUGAUAGCUCCCGGAACGGGUGGGCGCUGGGCUGUUGGCACACUGAUCUUGGUACACCUAACAACAUACAAUGAAUCCGGCGGACUGGGGACAAUGAUUGGUAUGGCUAUAGCUGCCGGAUUUGCAAUAUUUGCUGGUAUUUGUAAAUCAAGUGUGAAGGCAAUUCAGAUAUACUAUAUCCGCACCACGCAUCGGGCAGAUUUCUUCUGUUUGUUUCUGGCUAAGUGGAUGGAUAUUUUAGCACUGUUCUCGGCCUGUGCAGUUCUAGUGAGAACGCUUAGUUCAUCGCUGGACGCAAUGACGGGUGGGAUAGUAAGAAUGUACAUCUUAGGACGUAAUUCACCCGCUAACGAACCUUGGCCCGACGUGAUUGGGGUGGUCGUCAUUUUUCUCAUCACCGCCAUGUUUAUGCUGGGACUGGAGAACACGAAGAUAUUCAGCUUCCUAAUGGCGUCCGGAGUGGCAGCGAUGGCGACCACAAUUGGCGUUGUCACCGGUCUGAGGGGAAACGUUGAACAUUUCUCUACCGAAGCGAUUCUCCCCAAGGGGGUUGUUGGGCUUCUCUCUGGUGUGGCAUUAUCCAGCUUCAGUUACUCCAAUGACCUGUUAAAUGGCAAUUACUGCAAACGACUGCUGGGCGUUGGAGUCAUCAUACUCGUACUGCUAUCAAAUGAGUUAAUUGGUGUAUGUUUAACCGCACUGGUGAGAUUUAGUACCAACCAUGAGUACGAAGCCGUCCCCAUGUUAGCCAUUCUAGAAAAUAAGGAUUUCCACAAGGCCAUUCCGGCGGUUGCCUGUCUCCUAGUGUUGACCUGUUCCGGUGCCCUGCUGGAAUUGUUUCCGGAAAUGUUCUACCACAUUGUUCAACUGACCACAUCGGAUUGGAGAAUAUUGGCGAAGCAGAUUGGAUACGAAAAUCGAGAAAGCGGAAGUCCGAUUUUGGCCGUCUUUACCGGAGGCAGCUUGUGUGCCAUGCUGGCUUUUGCGUGUCCGCUUGAAAAUUUAAUCUAUAUCCUUGCGGCGAGUAAUGUGCUGGCGAGUUUGCUGAGAGCAUUGUAUCUGCUUUAUAUUCCAUUCAGGCCGCAAUAUUUGGAGCAGCAAAACGACUCGUCUCUAGCCUACAGCCGGCUUAACGCAGCUCCCAAACCCGUCACGGCACAGCCAAGCAAUCAUCAACCGAAGAAAUCGGUUUGGUUUUUCAGAAAACCUUCAACGGCCUCGUUAGCACAUCACGUGCUUCCAACCAAGCACGCCAAUAAGACCGGUGUUCAUGAAGAACACGAGCGGGAAUGGUUGCUUCUGGGGGAACCACCAUCGCCAAAGGUCCCCGAAACUCCUCCGGACGUAGAGUCCACUGUACUAUCGGAUCAAAUCUCCGACAUCGAGUGUAUCGCAUUGGCAAAACCGGAAAAUACCGAAAGUGACGAGGACAGUUCGACCGACAUCGAUGCCAUUGUGGAUGAGUAUAGGCAGAAAGUGAAAGUAUCAGCGGCAGGUCCACUGGACAGCAACACGCUGAGACUCCCGACGGCUACAAGCUGGCGAUUUACGCUGUUGUUGAUCGCGAUUAUUCUGGUCGGAAGUAUUCUUACUUCGACCGGACUGAUUGCUUGGGAGACUAACACCAUCACUGUUGGUGUAAACUUGGUUUUCAUUCCGUCCGCAAUCUUGAUGCUGCUUCCUAGAUACGACCAAGUCACGUCAACGUCACCAGCAAUCCUCACAUGCUCUAUCACACUGCUGGGAUCAACUGUUUUAUUCGCAGCCUCCUUUAUGUUGUCAUGGCCAGCUUUACUUCUGUGGUUCGUUGCCGGACUUUUCCUAUUCAUCCGGUGUGACACCUGGUGCUGUUUGUGCUUGGAACGACCGUCAUCCAGUCAGACAUUGAUUGCAAGCGUUUCCCGUACUAGAACUACGAUCCGAGUUCCCCGUCCUCCAAAGGGAUCAAUUAUUCCUGCCCGUAUUGCCGGACAUAGCUGACACUCGGACAGUAGUGACAGUGAGUUUUACGAAGAGGAAGACACCGUCGAAGAGUGGACUGAUUGAUGGAUCUAGAAUGGUUCUGGCCACACUGCGUUUUCCUUGUCCUUUGAGAUAAAAAAAACAUGAAGCGGCAAGCUUCGAAACUGAAGAGUCAUUUUGCGAUAAGUUAAGUGGAUGAAUUGUUGUAAUUUUGCUCCAUGAUCGUAUACCUAGUCCUACUAAAAUUAGACAUAAAAGAUAACAUUUUAAUAACGAUGCAAAAGGUUUUUUUUCGUUAAAUUAAAAUUGGGAAAAGUUUCCCUGGACAGAUUUGACGUAAUUUAAAGCUAAACGCAAAACGUGUAACCCUUUAAGUCAAAAAUUGGCAUAGCUAGGUUCGUUUAGGUGUAGUAUGUCGUAUAAGAAUUUUAAGCUUUACUGAAAGAUUCAAAUGAAUAAGGAAAAAUAAAUAAAGUCUUUGAAUGUGAUACCGAUGUGAUGUUCGAACGAAUUCAAUUAGGUGUAACUUUUCCAAUUUGAAUGUAAAUCUAAAGAAAGUGUCAUUAUUUUUAACAACAUUAGAUUUUUUUAUUUUAAAUGCAAGCAAUCGAAUGAAAGUAUCAUGCAAUCAAAACAGCAUCAUCUCAUAUAAAUCGAGAUUUUAGAACUACUUGGUUCAUGCUUUGAAACGUAAUUUCAGGGAAGUAUAGGUAUUUGGGAUAAAAUCGGGUAGAGGAAAACAGAACGGUUGUUGCAUCUUGAUUUAGUAAUCAAGAUUCAAGGGAUUCUUAGAUUGAACAUAAAACAAAGAUUGAAGUAUGAGAAUAUCGCACUGAAGCAUUAUAGGCAUUCUAGUCAGAAGCGAAUACAGAAAUGCGGCCUUUUAAUAGCGUUUUUACAAAACUUGGCUGAAGCUUCGAUUAGCGACAGAAUAGUUCUAUUUUAAAAGGUAGACCUAGGCAAAGAGCAGCUUGCGGAUUGUGCUAUAUUUAUAGGAUGAUUUGGAAUACCGUAGAAUACAAAAUCUGGUAAGUCUUCUGGACGAAUUAAGUUAAACAUUUUAAAUUCUUAGAUUUUAAAAAUAUAUAUUUCUGUAUGAAUGGUGUAAUUCGGUGACUUCUUAUACUAUUGUUGUUUCAAAUGUUAACGAAAUCUCAAUAUUAUCGCUUGAGAAUUGUUUGUUUAAUAAAUUUUCUUGGAAGAGAUGUUUAAACGGAGACGUAAGAUGUCAAAAAGGCAAAUAAAAAAUUAUUUUCAAAACUUA